AGUAGAAAUUUUAUUAAUUUAUAAAAUAUUUUUAAAAAUUUUUUUUAAAUAUUUUUUUUUUAUUCAAAAUUAAUAUUGUGGAAUAGUGUAAAAGUCAAUUUUUAUAUAAACAUGAUUUUAAUAUCAAUAAUUAUUUUCUUAGUUUCACUUCCAAUAUUGUUUUAUUUAUAUUUUACUUGGAAUUUUAAUUAUUGGAAGAAAAGAGGAGUAAAUGGCCCUGAACCUAAAUUUUUAGUUGGAACUUUUCCUAGUUCUUAUAAGGGUGAUAGAAACAUCAUUUAUGAUUUCGAAGAUAUUUAUAAAAAAUACAAAGGAAAAACGAAAUAUGUUGGAGUUUUUACGGGUAGAGAACCUCAACUUCUUCUAUUAGCACCAGAUAUCAUUCAUGAUGUUCUUGUAACAAAAUUUAGAAAUUUUUAUGAUAAUCAUGUAGGCCAUUUGAUUCAAUGUAACAAAAAAACUGAGAUAUUGGCUUUAAAUCCUUUCUUCUUAAAAGGACAGGACUGGAAAAGUAAGAGAGCGGAAGUAACACCAGCACUUUCAGCAAAUAGGAUAAAAUCUUCUUAUCCUGUUAUGGAGAAAGUUAGUUCGAAACUAGUAGAUUUCAUUAGAGAGCAAAUUCAAAUCCAUGGAAAUAACUACAAUUUUGAUGCACAAGAGUUUUGUCAACGUUAUACAAUACAAACGGUUUCUGAUUGUGUUUAUGGAAUUGAUGCAGGAGCAUUGAAUUCCGAAAAUGAUAGCCGUCUGUUAUUAGAGGCGAGAAAUUUAGUGAAUGAUUUUAUUGCUGGAUUUUAUAAAAUUUUAUUGUUAAGUCCAAUUCCAUUCCUAUUAAAGUUGAUUCCAAUUAAAUUGAUGAGAGAAAGCGGAAAAAUAUUUUUUACUAAUUUAUUGCGAGAUGCAAUUAGUUUGAGGAAAGAGAAACAAAAUGAUAGAGUUGAUUUUUUAAAUUAUAUGAUACAAUUAAAAGAUAAAAAAGUAUUGAGUGAUUUUGAAAUGCUUGCUCAUUUAAUGACAUUUUUCGCUGAUGGUUUUGAAACUUCUGCCAGUACUCUGGCUAAUACUUUAUUAUGUCUUGGAAGAAAUCAAGAUAUCCAAAAAGAAUUAAGAGAUGAAAUUAUUUCUAAUACUGGAAGUGAUGGGUCCAUACCAUUUGAAAGACUUCAUGAUUUACCAUUAUUGAAUGGUUGCAUAAACGAAGCUCUGCGCGUAUUACCAAUUCUGAGCUAUACUUCAAAAAUUUGUACAGAAGAAACUACAUUUACGAAUUAUGAUGGAACUACAUUAAAAAUUGAAAAAGGGAUGCCAAUCCAUAUACCAACUUAUAUUGUUCACAAUGAUGAAGAAUAUUAUCCCGAUCCAGAAAAAUAUGACCCAGAAAGAUUUAGUCCCGAAAAUGGAGGCGAAAAAAAAUAUCGUGAUAUGGGAGUUUUUCUACCAUUUGGUGAUGGUCCAAGAAUAUGUUUGGGUCAAAAAUUUGGACUUACACAAGUGAAAACUGGUUUAUGUGAAGUUAUUCGAAAUUUUCAAGUAAUUCCAAGUGAAAAAACUAGAAAAGAUAACUUGAUUGGUUCCGCUGGUAGUCUUUCAACUUUAAAAGGUGGAAUUUGGCUGCAAUUUAGAGAAAUUAAGAAUUAG